CGUCUUGUGCCACGCUCUCGCUCGCACGUGUCUGGAACAGAGAGAGAAACGAAUGCUAUAUAAACACGAACGAUGAGAGGAAAAUUACCAUUUACAUCAGAGACAGCAGAGAGUAAGCAUACGAGAUGAGUUCACCCUCCUACAUCCUCCCAGACAGCCCGCCUUCGCAGCAGGUGCUGAACUACUGGCAGCGCAGAGCCGCCGAGAGCUGCGGCAGCUCUUCAGCUGCGGGCGCCUCAGCUCCUGCCUCCACUGCACCACACCGUUCGACAUCGCCAGGGGGUGAGAUGGUGAUUGGAGACAGCCCCGUGCAACGCCUGCGUCCGCCAGCUACGUGGGCUCCGCGCCGAGCUGUGCUGACAACGCUGAGCAACAAUAUUAGGGAGAGACAGGCCAAGAGAAAACUCGAGUUUGAGGAGGGCGAAGUGAGCGGCGAAGAGGAUAGUCUGCUCCCUCAAUCAAAGAAACGUAUGCCGGAACAGGAGGAUCCUCCCUCGUCCCCUGAUAAAGGAGGCUGA